CACAAGGCUUAGUACGUACGGUACUGUUGCGAACUUGAACACCGGUCAAAAACAAGCUUGUUGGAUAUUUUAGUCAUUCGCUGGACACUUCCAGCGAGUCUCGAAGAGGAUGAUGAACCACGGUUAAACUCGACGGAUUCCUUUAUGGCGGAUAGAAACGACGAUCUGCUAACUCGGACGAGCUGGUGUGACGCCAGACAUGCACAAAAGGAAAUAGAUCGGGGACGAGCACACGGAAAUAAAGCUGCGCUAUGGCUGAGGGUGAGGAUACAGGCUUUCAUGUUUCACAUUGGCUGCGUGGUGCAGCAACAUUACGGGAAAGUGUUGAUCAUGGGAAUGUUAAUACUAGCCUGCCUUAUAGUCGGCAUCAAGUUUGCUGUUGUGGAAACAAAUGUGGAAAAGCUUUGGGUCGAAGCUGGUGGUCGACUCCAAGAAGAACUGAAAUAUACAACAGAAACUUUAGGUGUCGGGGAAGGCACAACCCAACAAAUUAUUAUACAAACUCCCAAUUUAGAUGGGACCAAUAUUUUAUCACAAGAAGCCUUAGAAAUUCAUUUACAGUCUGCGCUAGCAGCCACAAAAGUAGAAGUAGAAAUGUAUGGAAAAACGUGGGAUUUAGGUGAUGUCUGCUUCAAGGCUGAUUUGCCAAGUUUUGAAGACAACCUCUUACAGGGAUAUUUAGAAGUUCUAGUGCCGUGCAUUCUAAUUACACCACUAGAUUGCUUCUGGGAGGGAAGUAAAUUAUUAGGUCCUUACAGCCCCAUACAUGUCCCUUUCGAUUUGGAUAUUGACCUCGUUUGGACAAAAUUAGACCCCUUAGAGAUUCUAGAAAAUUUAAAAGAUUAUUCUGAUUAUUUUGGUGAUCUGGAUGCCCUGUUUGGCAUAUUUGAAACGGCGGGAAUCGGUCAUGCUUAUCAAACAAAACCAUGUCUUAAUCCAGAGGAUCCAGAUUGUCCUGAGAAAGCACCCAACAAAUACACAGGACAGGUUCCUGAUAUUACUGCUGAACUUACUGGCGGUUGUAGCGGCUAUGCCAGCAAGUAUAUGGAAUGGCCUGAAGAACUCAUUGUGGGAGGUGUACAAAAAAAUCAUAGUGGAAACAUUAAGAGCGGUGAGGCACUACAAACUAUAGUUGAGCUGAUGGGAGAACAGCAGAUGUACCAGAAAUGGGUUAAUGACUGGAAAAUUAAUGAUAUUGAUUGGACCCAAGAAAAAGCUAAAGCUGUGUUAGAAGAGUGGCAGAGAAAAUUUACAAAAGUUGUAAGCGCAAGUAACAACAAUUCUCAAAGUCAAAAUGUCAUGGCAUUCUCCAGCACCACGUUCAAUGACCUUCUUCAAGAAUUUUCACAGACCAGCAUGCCUAGAGUUGCAGCAGGCUAUGUCAUCAUGUUGAUAUAUGCGUGUAUUACAAUGAUGAAAUUCUGUGAUGGCAUUCAGUCCCAAGGUGGAGUUGGUUUGGGUGGUGUGUUGCUAGUAGCAACAGCUGUCCUUGCCGGACUUGCAGUUUGUGCAAUGAUUGGAAUAGAAUUCAAUGCUGCUACAACCCAGGUGUUGCCGUUUGUAGCCUUGGGAAUUGGAGUAGAUGAUAUGUUUCUUCUUGCUCAUACCUCGUCUUCCCUUCCUUCUAGUAUACCAGUAGCGCAACAAACUGGUGAAAUCCUGAAAAGAAGUGGUAUGAGUGUUCUUCUAACAUCUUUAAAUAACAUGUGUGCCUUCUUCAUUGCGGCAGUUAUACCAAUCCCAGCCCUUCGUACUCUAUCAUUACAGUUCGCCAUUAUUGUCGUUUUCAAUUUUGUAGCUGUGAUAUUUAUUUUUCCAGCCAUAUUGGCUUUAGACAUAGAACGAAGAGAAGCCAGGAGAAUAGAUUUGUUUUGUUGUUUUAGUUCUAGUGCAAAUAGGAUUAUUAGUGUGGAGCCGAUAGAUUUAACUCAAAGUCCCCAACUUGGAAGGUUUACGCGGUACAGACACCAGGAUCCUAGAACUCAUGUAACGUUACAGUCCUCUGUGCAGGCUGUAACUCAAAUGCCAGCAAGGCCUGGCGAACAUUGUGUUACUGUUGUGGAUUCAGUACCAUUUACGACAGUGGGGAGGCCGGACUCGCCGCCAUCCCCACCGGGAUCACGAACAUUGACCCCACAAUCAAGUGUGUCAUCGGCACCAUCAACGCGGCCGCUCACAGGAAAAAGUAUUGACAGUGAGAGGCCUAGCUUUAGAGAGAGAUGCACAGGAUUUGAUCUGUCACUAAAAAAAUUUGCCAAGUGUUAUUAUGGACCCUUUCUCACGAAAAUGCCAGUCAAGAUUGUGGUGUUGAUCUUCUUCACUGGUCUUCUGGGAGUGAGUGCAUAUGGCAUUGUAAAUAUGCGAGACGGACUCGACAUCACAGACGUAGUCCCACGUAAAACCCAGGAAUAUGAUUUUCUGGAGGCGCAGAUGAAAUAUUUUAGCUUUUACAAUAUGUUUGCUGUAACUCAGGAUGACUUUGACUAUGCCAACAGUCAAAGGAUACUUUAUCAGUACCAUGAUGCAUUUAGGGAAAUUGGUGAAGUGAUCCGAACGCCGGAUAAUGAACUGCCCAUGUUCUGGCUUCAAUACUUCAGGGAUUGGCUGCUUGAUAUUCAAGAAGCUUUUGAUAAUGAUUGGUUAUCAGGUGCAAUUUCUCAAAAUGGUCCGCAUAAAAAUGCCACAGAAUAUGGUGUCAUUGGCUACAAGCUUAUUAUUCAGACUGGUGACUCAGAGUACCCGAUUGAUGAAACUCAGGUAAAUAAUGUUAGGUUGGUAGAUGAACAUGGUAUUAUAUACCCUGAUGCAUUCUAUAACUAUCUUACUGUUUGGUGGUCGUACGAUGUGCUUUCUACCGUCGUAUCGCAGGCUCAGCUCCACCCUGAACCGCAUAAUUUCAUCCCAGGUGGCGUCAAUGAUCCAGAAAAGCGAAUUCCAAAAUCUCAGGCUCUAAAUUUUACACAAAUUCCCUUUUUCUUGAAUGGCUUACAAACAACCGAAGAUUUUAUUAACGUUAUCAACAAGGUUCGCAACAUUUCAUCCCACUUUGACUCCAGAGGGCUCCCUAACUACCCCAGAGGUAUACCUUUCACCUUCUGGGAACAGUAUGUGAAUCUGCGAUUCUUUCUCAUGUUGGCGUUGAUCAGCGUACUUGGAGCCACAUUUCUUGUUAACACCAUAAUUCUCGUCAAUCCAUGGGCUGCAUUAAUUGAGGUGUGUGUUCUGGCCAUGAUGCUAGUUGAAUUGUUUGGUUUUAUGGGUAUUAUUGGACUCAAGAUGAGUGCUAUUCCUGCAGUGACUCUUAUUUUCUCAGUUGGCGCAAGUGUGGAGUUUACUUUACACAUACUUUUGAGUUUCAUGAGUUCUAUUGGUGAUAGAAACCGGCGUAUGUGUAUGGCACUGGAACACAUGUUUGCUCCAGUGGUAGAUGGCGCUAUUUCCACAUUACUGGGUGUUAUCAUGCUGUCUGGUGCUGAAUUUGAGUUUAUAGUCAGAUAUUUUUUCUAUGUAUUUACUAUUUUAAUUAUCAUUGGUUUACUGAAUGGCCUAGUGCUUCUACCAGUUCUACUUUCACUUGUGGGACCCCCUGCAGAGGUUGUACCAAACAAUAAUGCAGACCGACUGGAUAUGCCAACGCCAGAACCCACACCGCCAUUGGACCAUGGUCUAGUUAUGCACUCAAUACGUCGAAAUGGUGAUUCGGGGUCAGACAUGUCGCGGACGUCGUCUGGUGCCAGUGAAGGUUUUAGACAUGGAUAUGCUCCAAAUGACCAUAUUCAGAUUCAUCCGCCAGAGUUUGUGGUAGAGACAUUGACAUGUCACACACCGCCAAGAGAAAAGGCAAAACGAAUGUCACGGAGGUCACGGAGAAAAGAUACAAAAUUGCAUCCACAUCCACAUCAGCAUCCACAUCAACCGACAUUACCGCAGCAAGUGAGUUCCUCAUCUUCAUCAUCGCUGCACUCUUCGCCUUCGCUUGCACGUCAUGUGACCACGGUUACAGCAACGGCGAGAGUUUCAAUAGUUCACCGUGGUGCGUGUGGCGUUGACAAAGGAGAGUCAGGUCACAGCUACAAAUCUCAUCGAAGGAGAGAUGAUUUGAAGUUUAAGUAUCCAGCAGUUGAUGGUUACCCACACUGUGACACUGGCUCAGAUACAAGUGUAUAAAAAAGUAAUUCAAUUUCACAGAGAAAUAUGUAUAUAUCACUUCUAGAUUUUAAAAGAGAUUACUUGUAUUAUUUUGUGAAAGCAAGAGAGAUGUGACAGCUAAAGAGGCUGUGUGUAAAUGGAACCUAUGGUGCUAUAUUGAUUGAC